AAUUUCUUGUUAACGUUUAUUUGGUAAUUUUUUGUUUUCAAAUUCUUGGUAAAAUGAAAGUGACCAAAAAGUUGAUUGCUGCCAUAUUAGGCGAGUUCUUGGCUAGUCUAAUAGUGCAAUUUGUUGGAUGUCUUGGUAGCACACAAAGGACGUUGUUAUUUCCGAGUUCUCUGGGAGUGGCAUUUUCUUGGGGCUGUUCUGUGCUUGCAGCCACUCAGAUAUUCCGCAUAGUGUCCGGGGCUCACAUCAACCCGUGCAUCUCAAUAGCGUCUAUGAUCUUAAAGCAGGUCAAGAUCGUGCAGGGCCUCAUAUAUAUACUCAUGCAGUUUCUGGGCUCUACGGUUGGCUUUUUUAUUGCCUAUGCCUUCCAGGAGUCUACCACUGGUUUCUGCAAUGCUUCCUUUCACGAAAGUAGUUUUCGCUUCUGGAAGGCCCUAUUGAUAGAAGCGUAUCUGACAGGCGCUUGGGUGCUCGCCAUGUGUGCAUCUUGGCAUCCAAGCAACGAAUUGUUGUCGGAGUCCAUCUCGUUGCGCAUUGGCUUAGUGGUGACCGCCUGCCAUAUAAUUGGGGCAACAAGUACUGGACCUAGUAUGAAUCCGUUUCGGUCCUUAGUGCCAGCAGUUAUGAGUGAGGAUUUCGAUUUCAUCUAUAUCUACAUGGUUGUGCCCCCCGUAACGGCUAUACUAUUAGCACUCGCCUGGCGUUUCAUUUAUGUGUAUAAUGGAAAUAAGUCUACAGUUUCAGAGGCCCCAUCAACGGCCUAGAAGGCUUUGGAAAA